CACUUUCUGAGCAAUUCGUGAUGCUGCAAUCGUAUCAUCGCUCCCCCACCAUGACCCAUGCAUGCACGCAUGCAACAUUAGCUUCUGCCUUUCGACCCGUUGAUCUUAGUGUGUUCUUGAUCUCGAUCAACGCCUCUGCUGGAGGAGAAGAUUAAGCAUGAGUGAUUAUCAGGUGUGACACGGCGGAUCUCAACACCGAUGGUCUCAUUGAAGUUGCGAGCCAUCCUUUUCCCCUUCCAGAUGGAGCCCCGACGAGAGAUGCUUCUACAAGAGCUUGGGGAGAUGUGGGACGAGAUCGGGGAAGGGGAGGAGGAGCGACGAGAAAUGCUACAUGCAUUGGAGGAGGAGUGCCUCAACGUGUACAGAUUGAAGGCGGCGCAGGUGAAGCAGCACAGGGCGCAGCUGCAGCGGGAGAUCGCCGACUCCGUCGCCGAGGUCGCCGCCAUAUGCGCCACCAUUGGUGAGCCACUGGCCACCGUGCAAACGGCUUGCUCCUCGCUGCAGAGCACGAGGAACCUGAAGGAGGAGCUUAGCUCGAUCACACCAGAGCUAAAGGAGAUGAGAAGGAGGAGGGAUGAAAGACGACAACAAUUCUUGGAGGUGACAGAGCUCAUCAACAGGAUGCAUGAGGAGAUGAAGCCAAGUGAGCAUCUUCGUCUAACAAUGGACAACUCUGACCUCACCAUUAGACGGCUUGAGGAGCUCAGAUCAUACAUGCAGAAUCUACAACAGGAGAAGGAAAGUCGCACUAGGAAGAUGGCAGAGCUCAUGGGUUGUCUGCAUUCAUCCUCCUCAAUUCUUGGCAUAGAUUUCAAAGAGAAAAGCCUUCAUCAUGGCGAUGAAAUCGUAAGCGACAUAAGCGAUGAUGCAAUCACAAGAUUAGUUUCUGAGAUCGAGAGAUUGCGAGAGAUCAAACGAAACAGGAUGCAGAAGCUGCAAGACCUUGUGGCCACCAUGUUGGAGCUGUGGAACUUGAUGGACACGCCAUCGGAGGAGCAGAAGAGGUUCCAAAGUGUGGCCUGCAACAUCGCUGCGUCUGAGGACGAGAUCACUGAACCAAAUGCUCUCUCCAUGGACUUCAUCAAUAAUGUGGAAGCAGAGGUGGUGAGGCUAGAGAACCUGAAGGAGUGCAGGAUGAAAGACCUUGUCCUGAAGAAGUAUGAUGAGCUCAAUGAGAUAAGACGGCGUGCACAUAUACCCAUCGAAAAUGAAGGCAACAUGAUGAUAAUGUUUGAUGCCAUUGACAGUGAUGCUGAAAGGUCUUUAAUCCUAGAGCGACUAGAAGUGCAGAUCUCAGAGGCCAAAGAUGAGGAGUUUAGCAGGAAGGAUGUUCUUGAGAGGAUGGAGAGAUGGCAGGCUGCACUUGAGGAGGAAUCUUGGCUUGAGGAGUACAACAGAAAUGAGAAUAGAUACAAUGUGGGCAAAGGGACUCAUCUUGUGUUGAAACGCGCCGAGAAAGCACGAGCAUUGGUCGGCAAAAUGCCAGCAAUGGCAGAGGCCUUGAUCACAAAGAUAGUUGCUUGGGAGAAGGAGAGGGGUGCCAAACUCGAGUAUGAUGGUGAUGGCCUCCUAGACAUGUUGGAGGAGUACAACAAUACGAGGAAGGAAAAAGAGCAGGAGAGGAAGAGGCAAAGGGAUCAGAGAAGGAUGUUAGGUCAAGGCAUGGUAGAGUCGCCGGUGGCUAGGCCUCCACCGAAGAACAUCAAGAACGUAACGAGGACACUAUCCAUGGGUGGCAGUAGCAUGGGAAGCAAGAAGGCGUUGGUGUCGGCAUCGGCAUCGUCUAGACCAAGCACGCCAAGCUUCCUCAAGUCACCAAUGUCGGCGCGAAGGAGCGAUGAGGGGCAGAUAUUAUUGUCACGCACAGUUGAUGAAGAUGAUUUGUUAUAGCCAAUUGAUAGAGUAUUGUUUGCAAUAGAACAUAUUAGUAUUCAGGUUUGUUUAUAGAUUUCCAUAUUUUUAAGACUCCUUUGGAAUAAAGCUAUAUUGGUGCAAAAGUUCUAACCUACGAAAUUUGUAAAGUUACUACAUUCCAGAGGAGCCUUUGAUGUCGAACUUUGAUCUAUAAUUACUUUUUGAAAAUUUUAGGUGGAUUUUUUUCUUAUGACAACUUUUAAUUAUC